AUGCCUUCCUCCACCCCCGCAAGUAACCCCGUCUUUGAGGCACUGGGAUUAUCUGGUGUGACAAAGCUCGGAGGCAACACUGAAGGCCCGCAUCCCUCUUCUCGGGAGCGACCUGUCCACCGUCCAGAAUGGGACAUCCCAUCCAGUCGUGGCUAUGUCCCUGCAGACACGAUGAUCAACGAGCCUCUCCCUGACAAGCCCUUCAAGAUCAUCUUCUUGGGCGCUGGCGCAGCUGGCAUUGACUUCCUGCACUGGGCCCCCAGGGAAUUGAAGGACUUGAACGUCGAGAUUGUAUGUUAUGAGAAGAAUGGUGACGUUGGGGGGACGUGGCUGGAGAAUCGCUAUCCUGGAUGUGCUUGCGAUGUUCCCAGUAUCUCAUACAGCUUCCCGUGGAAGUCUAAUCCCCAGUGGUCCCAUUUCUACUCAUCCUCCCAAGAAAUCCAUCGCUACAUGCGGAAUAUUGUUGAUGAAGAAGGAAUGAUGUCAUACAUCCACCUACGCCAUCAAGUCAUUGGAGCCAAGUGGAUUGAAGAAACGAGCAAGUGGACCGUGACAAUCCGGAAACUCGAUGAGACAGACAACGAAGGCCAGGCCGUUGAGGUCGUAGAUGAGUGCGAUGUGCUGCUGAACGGUGGUGGCUUCUUGAAUGCCUGGAAAUGGCCUGAUAUUCCAGGAUUGCACUCCUUCAAGGGAGACCUGUUCCACUCGGCAACCUACAAGGACGACUACGACCUGAGUGGUAAGCGGCUGGCGGUGAUUGGAAACGGGAGCUCUGGCAUCCAGGUGGUUGCAGAGGCUUAUAAGCACGUUUCAAAGCUGUAUACGUGGAUACGCAGCCCGACAUGGAUCCUUGCCGCCAUUGGCCAAAGAAAGGGGAGUAAAGAAGGGCAAAACUUUGAGUACACGGAGGCCCAAAAGGCUGAAUUUGCGAGAGACCCAGAGAAGUAUCAUCGGUAUCACAAAACAGUCGAAAAUAGCCUGAAUGGCAGAUUCAGGACUCUCCUGCGAGACACGGCAGAGUCAGAUGAAGUUAAUGCGCUGGCGUUGCUUGAGAUGCAAGGCAAAUUGAAGGACCGCCCCGAUAUACUGGAGAUGCUACAGCCGAAGAACUUUAGUGUUAACUGCCGCCGUCCAACACCAGGGAGUGGGUAUCUCGAGGCCCUUGUCGGUGAAAAGACGACAGUACUUCCUGGCAGCAUCUCUGCAAUCACUGAGCGCGGUGUAGUGGACAUCAACGGCAAAGACCACGAAGUGGACGUCAUUAUCUGUGCAACUGGAUUCGACACGUCGUUCCGCCCUCGUUUCCCUAUUACCGGUCUUGACCCGAAUCUCACUCUCGCUAAUAAGUGGGCCACAUUUCCCUCCAGUUAUCUGGGAGUAAGCGUGGAUGGAUUCCCAAAUUAUUUCACCUACGGCGGCCCCUUCACCCCAGUGGCUCAAGGGACAGUCCUGCCUAUCUUGACUCUCCUGACAAAACAUUUCCUUGAGAUUAUCAAGACUAUGCGCACGCAACAUAUUCGACGUCUGAGCCCUAGGGCGUCGGCUGUUGAAGACUUUGCCGAACAUGCAGAGGCUUACUUACCACGUACUACCUGGGCUGAUCCAUGCAAUAGCUGGUAUAAAAUGGGCACGGGAGACGCGAAGAAACUUGUUAUGUGGCCAGGAUCUCGCCUUUCUUACUUUGAGGUUCUCCGCCAUCCUAUGCUUCAGGACUAUGAAAUUGAAUAUUGGAGCAAGAAUCGCUGGGGUUACAUGGGCAAUGGGUUUGUCGAUUGGGAGUUUAAGGGGACAAAGGAUCUUACCUGGUAUCUGGACGAAUUCUCAGACCAUCCUGAAUUUACCAAAGGUGUGCCUUUGAAGGAUCCACUCGAGUUCGUUGGUCUAGCCGACGGACGUGUGCCAUGA